CCGCUCAAUGUCUCUCUGUAAUUGGAGCAACAUCACUUUAAAGGUUCAGAGAGUACAGCAUUUCUGGUGAAAAAUCCCCACAACACGCGGUGGGUGUUUUAAAGGGAAAUCUAUUAGUGAUGUGCGGGGGGCGGGGGCCGGGGGCGGGCGGCGCGGGCUGGGCCGGCGGGCCCUGAAGUGGGGGCUCACCAGGGCCCCUGCCCGCUGCUCCCCGCGCCGCGCCCCUCCCGCCCGCCCCGUGGCCCCCUCCCCGGUCUUGUUGUGACAGCUCCUGAUACUGUUUAUUGAGGUGCAUGUCAGGUAUAAUUAGCAAUCGAUAUGGAAAACGUUUCCUUGCACCCAGCACGCCUCUGACGUCAGAGCCGAUUAGCGCUUCUUAUUGGUCCCAAAUUCCCCGGGCCGCGGCUAAUUACCGGGCGCUUGAUGUUGAUAAAGUAAAGCGCCGCGCGCGGGCGAAGCAUGUGUAGGGCUCCGGGUCCCUGUCCGCGCCGCCGCCGCCCGCGCCUCCCGCCGCUGGCCCAGCCCGGCCCCGGCCCGCGCCCCCGCGCCCCGCCGCCGGCCCCGCCGGCCCCCCGCGCGAGAUGAUGGACGGCCGCCUCCUGGAGCACCCGCAUGCCCAGUUCGGGGGCUCGCUGGGCGGCGUGGUGGGCUUCCCCUACCCGCUGGGCCACCACCACGUGUACGAGCUGGCGGGCCACCAGCUGCAGUCCGCCGCCGCCGCCGCCGUGCCCUUCUCCAUCGACGGCCUGCUCAGCGGCUCCUGCGCCGCCGCCGCCUCGGUGGUCAACCCCACGCCGCUGCUGCCGGCGGCCUGCGGGGUGGGCGGCGACAGCCAGCCCUUCAAGCUGUCGGACUCGGGGGACCCGGACAAGGAGAGCCCGGGCUGCAAGCGGCGGCGCACCCGCACCAACUUCACCGGCUGGCAGCUGGAGGAGCUGGAGAAGGCGUUCAACGAGAGCCACUACCCCGAUGUGUUCAUGCGCGAGGCGCUGGCGCUGCGGCUCGACCUGGUCGAGUCCCGCGUUCAGGUUUGGUUCCAAAACCGCCGGGCCAAGUGGAGGAAGAAGGAAAACACGAAGAAGGGCCCUGGGCGGCCGGCCCACAAUUCCCACCCCACCACAUGCAGCGGCGAGCCCAUGGACCCCGAGGAAAUCGCGAGGAAGGAGCUGGAGAAGAUGGAGAAGAAGAAGCGCAAGCACGAGAAGAAGCUGCUGAAGAGCCAGAGCCGUCACCUGCACUCGCCAGGCGGCCUGUCCAUGCACAGCGCCCCCAGCUCCGACAGCGACAGCGGGGGCGGCGGCCUGUCCCCGGAGCCGCCCGAGCCGCCGCCCAACGCCGUGGCCAAGGGCCCCGGGCACAAUGCGGGCUCCGGUUCCGCGCCCGCACCUCCAGGCGAGCCGCCCGCUCCGGGCACCUGCGACCCUGCCUUUUACCCGAGCCAAAGAAGCGGCGCCGGCCCGCAGCUGCGCCUGGGCCGGCCCGCGGACAAGGACCCGGGCCCGUGUGCGCCAGGGGCGGCGGAGCGCGGCGCUGCGGGCCUGCCCAAGGCCAGCCCGUUCAGCGUGGAGAGUCUGCUGUCCGACUCGCCGCCGCGCCGGAAAGCCGCCCUGGCCAGCGCCGCCGCCGCAGGGCUGGACUUCCCGCCCGGGCUGCCGUGUGCGCCGCGGACCCUCAUCGGCAAGGGCCACUUCCUGCUCUACCCCAUCACGCAGCCGGUCGGCUUCCUGGUGCCGCAGGCCGCGCUCAAAGGCGGUGCGGGUGCUGAGGCCGCGCCCAAGGAUGCGCCGCCCGCGCCCACCGCGCCGCCCGCGCCUCCUGCGCAGGCCAGCUUCGGGGUCUUCCCUGGGCCGAGCGGUGCUGCGGACUCGGCCGACGUUGUCGCCUCCCCAGGAGCCCCGACCCCGGCCCCUUUCCGGGACGCAGCUGAGGGCGGCGGCGGGGACUGCCCGGACACUGGGGCCUGUGCCGUGGCCCCGCCGCCGCCGCUCCCGCGGUCCCCCGGGCCUGGACGGCCUGGAACACGGGUGCCCAGCCCCGCGGGGGAACCAGCCGUUUGCGGGGCCGGGGCUCCUGAGCCAGGCGCCGCGGCAGUAGCCAGCGCUCUGGAUGGUGAGGAGGUGGACAUGGACUGAGGCUGCCCUAGAGGAGCUCAGCCGCACCACAAGGGCUGGUUCCGGCUCGGUCCCGACUCGCACGCCAUCAGGUGAUCGGCUUAGAAACACUGCUCCCCCCCCCCCUUCAGCUCGGACCUAGUCAGCAACAGCAGGACUUGGGGUGAGACCCUCCUCCUCUCUCGGGAGGAAAAAGAAAACCUAACCCAUGGUCCCCCCAAACCCACAACAAGAAUCCUCAGCCUUGUAAAAUGCAAAAAUGUCUAAGAAUAUUUAUAUAUGUACCAUUUUUUAUAAAUAAAGCUGGUCAAACGCAA